UCAGUAAAACCAUAACUGUCAGCUGUCAUUAUUUAUGUCAAAAUCAAAAUAGAUUAAUAAAUUAAUAAGGGAGGAGAGGAUAAAAUAAAAAAAAUAUAAUGAUAAUUUCUAGGGCACUACCAGCCCUAGGGUUGUUAAAAAACAUUAGACCAAAUCAAGUAGUUCAAACUGUACGCAACCACGGCAGUAAUAAUUAUCGUAAAGGAGCUCCAGCGCCAGAUUGGUAUAUCACUUACGCAGCUGAGGGGGUCCAAGGAUUUGCAUGGUGGUGGAUUUUGUGGCAUUUAUGGACAGAACCUGACCAUAUACUUGGAGAAUUUCCAUAUCCAGACCCAUCUAAAUGGACAGAUGCAGAACUUGGAAUUAAAUAAAACUAAACAAAAUUUAGUAAUUGUAUAAUAAAUUUAUUUAUAGUUAUUUAUGAGUUUUUUUUGUCAAUAAAUUCAGAUGUAGUACCA